AAUCAGAGAAACCACUGAAAACCCAGCUGCCCAAAGAUAUGAUGUCAUAAAGGAAUGUACUGCAAUCAAAAGUUAAAAACUCUUAACUACCCCGGUCUAAUAGUUUGGGCAGUGCUCAGCACGUCAUCCUAGAAGCUAAAUGAACCAUAAGCAGAAGAAACAUGAAGAGAAAGAACUACAUAUGGUCAAAUUACUUAAAACCAGUGACAGAAAAAUCCGAAAAAUAAUCCAAGAAAGAAAAAAAACGUGUAGAAGAAUGAACGUACGAAUCAUGGUAGACAUUUCUUUAGAAGCAAUUCAACCUGGGACUUCCCUGGUGAUCCAGUGGUUAAGACUUCACACUUUCAGUGCCGGGGAUGUGGAUCCGAUCCCUGGAUGAGCAGUUAAGAUCCCACAUGCUGUGCAGCAUGACUCAAAAAAAGAAACAGUCAACCCAGAGGAGGAAGAGCUAGAUCUUUAAUGUACUGAAAUGGAAAAAACAAAACAAUAAUGAAAAGAAAAAACAAAACCCAAGACCUGUCCAUCUAGAAUUCUGUACUCCAUCACAAAGACAGCAUCAGCGGAAAAAGAGGCAAUCAAGGGUACAUACUCCAAAGUUCUAGAUGCCUAUGGACUUUUAGGUGUUUUACGAUUAAAUCUUGGUGAUAUUAUGUUACAUUAUCUGGUCCUAGUCACUGGAUGUAUGUCCGUUGGAAAAAUUCAAGAAUCUGAAGUUUUCCGAGUUACUUCCACUGAAUUUAUGUCACUGCGAGUUGAUUCUUCGGACGAGGAUCGCAUUUCGGAAGUGCGAAAAGUUUUAAAUUCAGGAAACUUUUAUUUUGCAUGGUCUGCAUCCGGAGUCAGUUUGGAUCUGAGUCUUAAUGCCCACCGUAGCGUGCAAGAACACACAACUGACAAUAGAUUUUUCUGGAAUCAGUCUUUGCACUUGCAUCUCAAGCACUACGGUGUGAAUUGUGACGACUGGUUAUUACGCCUCAUGUGUGGGGGAGUAGAAAUCAGAACAAUUUAUGCUGCUCAUAAACAGGCAAAGGCUUGCCUCAUUUCCAGACUAAGCUGUGAACGAGCUGGGACCAGGUUUAACGUCCGGGGAACAAAUGAUGAUGGUCACGUCGCCAAUUUUGUAGAAACAGAACAGGUUGUGUACUUAGAUGACUCUGUUUCUUCCUUCAUACAAAUCCGGGGAUCUGUCCCAUUGUUCUGGGAGCAACCAGGAUUGCAGGUGGGAUCCCAUCGUGUUCGUAUGUCAAGGGGAUUUGAAGCCAAUGCACCCGCUUUUGACAGGCAUUUUAGGACACUUAAGAAUUUGUAUGGUAAACAAAUAAUAGUAAAUCUGCUUGGAUCUAAGGAAGGUGAACAUAUGCUAAGUAAGGCUUUCCAGAGUCAUCUGAAAGCUUCUGAACAUGCUGCUGAUAUCCAGAUGGUGAAUUUUGACUAUCAUCAAAUGGUUAAAGGAGGAAAGGCAGAAAAAUUACAUAGUGUUCUUAAACCUCAAGUCCAAAAGUUUCUGGAUUAUGGAAUUUUUCAUUUUGAUGGAAGUGAAGUUCAAAGGUGCCAGAGUGGUACAGUUCGAACAAACUGCUUGGAUUGUCUUGACAGAACAAAUAGUGUGCAGGCAUUCCUUGGAUUAGAGAUGCUGACUAAACAGUUGGAAGCUCUUGGUUUAGCUGAAAAGCCUCAGUUGGUGACUCGCUUUCAAGAAGUUUUUCGAUCAAUGUGGUCUGUGAAUGGUGAUUCAAUAAGUAAGAUUUAUGCCGGAACUGGAGCCCUUGAAGGAAAGGCUAAGGCUGGAAAGUUAAAAGAUGGUGCUCGUUCAGUUAGUAGAACAAUUCAGAAUAACUUCUUUGACAGCUCCAAGCAAGAAGCAAUUGAUGUUUUGCUCCUGGGAAAUACUCUAAAUAGUGAUUUAGCUGACAAAGCUCGAGCCCUUUUAACUACUGGAAGUUUGCGUGCAUCUUCUAAAGUCCUAAAGAGCAUGUGUGAGAAUUUCUACAAGUAUUCAAAGCCCAAGAAAAUUCGAGUAUGUGUGGGCACCUGGAACGUGAAUGGCGGGAAACAGUUUCGCAGCAUAGCUUUUAAGAAUCAGACCCUUACGGACUGGCUUCUUGAUGCCCCCAAGUUAGCUGGCAUCCAGGAGUUUCAAGAUAAAAGAAGUAAACCAAUGGAUAUAUUUGCAAUUGGUUUUGAGGAAAUGGUAGAGUUGAAUGCUGGAAACAUUGUGAAUGCAAGCACAACAAAUCAGAAACUCUGGGCUGUGGAACUUCAGAAGACCAUCUCCAGAGACAACAAGUAUGUGCUGCUGGCCUCUGAACAGUUGGUGGGCGUCUGUCUGUUUGUUUUUAUCAGACCACAGCACGCUCCAUUCAUCAGGGAUGUUGCAGUUGAUACUGUGAAAACUGGAAUGGGAGGCGCAACUGGAAAUAAGGGAGCAGUUGCAAUACGAAUGCUGUUCCACACCACAAGCCUCUGCUUUGUCUGCAGCCACUUCGCUGCAGGACAGUCCCAAGUCAAAGAACGAAAUGACGAUUUUGUAGAAAUAGCCCGGAAGUUGAGUUUUCCAAUGGGAAGGCUGCUCUUCUCCCAUGACUAUGUGUUUUGGUGUGGUGAUUUCAACUACCGAAUCGAUCUCCCUAAUGAGGAAGUGAAAGAGCUUAUCAGACAGCAAAACUGGGAUUCUCUUAUUGCAGGAGAUCAGCUUAUCAAUCAGAAAAAUGCUGGACAGAUUUUUAGAGGAUUUUUAGAAGGAAAAGUGACCUUUGCUCCAACGUAUAAAUAUGACUUGUUUUCUGAUGACUACGAUACUAGUGAAAAGUGCCGCACCCCUGCAUGGACAGACCGUGUCCUCUGGAGAAGACGGAAGUGGCCUUUUGAUAGAUCAGCUGAAGAUUUAGAUCUCCUAAAUGCUAGUUUUCAAGAUGAAAGCAAAAUCCUCUACACAUGGACUCCUGGCACUUUGCUGCACUACGGAAGGGCCGAGCUGAAGACUUCUGACCAUAGGCCUGUCGUUGCCCUGAUCGAUAUUGAUAUAUUUGAAGUUGAAGCUGAAGAGAGGCAAAACAUUUAUAAAGAAGUAAUCGCAGUUCAGGGUCCACCAGAUGGUACGGUGUUGGUCUCAAUCAAAAGCUCUUUACCAGAAAAUAAUUUUUUCAACGAUGCUUUGAUUGAUGAGCUUUUACAGCAGUUUACAAACUUUGGUGAAGUUAUACUCAUAAGAUUUGUGGAAGAUAAAAUGUGGGUUACGUUUUUGGAGGGAAGCUCUGCCUUGAGUGUUCUGAACCUGAAUGGGAAAGAGUUAUUGGGUAGGACUAUAACAAUUACUUUAAAAAGUCCAGAUUGGAUCAAAACUUUGGAAGAAGAAAUGAGCUUAGAGAAAAUCAACGUCCCCUUGCCAUCAUCAACCAGCUCCACCCUCCUAGGUGAAGACGCAGAGGUCACUGCCGACUUCGAUAUGGAAGGUGACGUGGAUGACUAUAGUGCUGAGGUAGAGGAGAUCCUUCCUCAGCAUCUCCAGCCGUCUUCCAGUUCUGGCCUUGGCACGUCCCCCGGUUCUUCACCCCGGACCAGUCCCUGCCAGUCACCUACCAUAUCGGAGGGACCUGUGCCUUCCCUCCCAGUGAGACCAAGUCGGGCUCCGUCCAGAACACCCGGGCCCCCCGCUUCACAAAAUUCUCCUGUUGACACCCUGCCAGCAACACAGCUGCAGCAGAAAGAGUCUUCCCAGACCCUGGAACCCAAGCGGCCUCCCCCUCCCCGCCCGGUUGCUCCUCCCGCACGUCCAGCUCCCCCACAACGACCGCCUCCGCCUUCAGCACCCAAAAGCCCUGGAACAACACGGAGAGAUAAUCUAGGACGCAGCCAGCCUCCACCUCAAGCCGGACUGCCAGGCCCGGGACUUGCCGGACACAGUGCAGCCAGACCGAUUAUUCCGCCCCGUGCUGGAGUCAUCAGCGCCCCCCAGAGCCACGCACGGGCAUCUGCUGGGAGACUGACUCCUGAAAGCCAAAGCAAACCCUCAGAAGUACAGAAAGGGCCAGCUCUUCUUCCUGAACCCCUGAAGCCUCAGGCCGCCCCUCCUGUGCCGCCUUCUCUGCCGCCACCUCUUCAGAAGAUGCAGGAGCCUCUCAUCCCGGUGGCCGCACCUCUGACCCAGGCUGCCCCGCAGCCCAGCCUGGAAACGCCCCCACAGCCGCCCCCUCGGAGCAGGUCGUCCCACAGCUUGCCUUCUGAACCUCCAGCACAGCCGCAGGUGAAAACAAACGGAGUCUCCGCCGUCAGACUGGACUCGCCAUUAAAGAGUGACCCAUUUGAAGACUUGUCAUUGAACCUGCUUGCUGUAUCAAAGGCUCAGCCGUCUGUUCACACCCCAAACCCAAGGGGGUUGACGCCGUUGCCUUCUGCAACCCCAAGUAACACGAACACUCUGAGUUCUGUAAGCUGCAUGCCGACAAUGCCUCCAAUUCCAGCCCGGAGUAAAUCCCAGGAAAACACGCGAUGUUCCCCAAAUCCAUUCAUCCCAAGCUUAAGCAGCACAAAUCCUUUCACUGAUAGGACUGCCGUUCCCGGAAACCUAUUUCGAGCUGAGUCUCAAGAAUCAGAGGCCACUUCAUGGUUCUCCAAAGAAGAGCCUGUUGCUCAGAGUCCAUUCUCUUCUCUGAGGCCUCUGGGUCAGAACAGUAGCAAGCCUUCAUCCUCCCUGGAUGGGUUUAAGGACAGUUUUGAUCCGCAGGGCCCGCCUGCACUAACAGUCAGCAACCCCAAAGGAUGGGUAACCUUCGAGGAGGAAGAGGACUUUGGUGUGACAGGGAAGUCAGGGUCCACUCGUCCAGAUGUUUUCCUGGGUAAGCAGCCAAGCUCAUCUCCUGGCUCCAAGGUGAUGCUUGGUGAUGACUGGGGUAGAAGUACCAAUGUGUCUUUCUGUGUGUUGCCAGCAAGAAGACCACCCCCACCGCCUGUCCCUCUGCUCCCACCUGGCACCACCCCUCCCAUAGACCCUUUCACAGCCCUGGCCUCUAAGGCAUCACCCACACUAGACUUGACAGAAAGAUAAAGUCACACAGUAGAGAGCAGUUGUCCCUUUAGUUUUGGCAGGGUAGAGCCAAAAGAUUUGGGCAUUCGUUAUUCAUGAUGUGCAAUAAGUAAUUGUUAAGUGCACUGAUGUUGUCAUGAAAUACCACUAUUUAAUGUGUACAGAGUUGGAAUAUGUGUAUAUCAGAAAUAAGGAAAAAUUUUUCUCAUUAUUAACUGGAAUUUUGGUGUGUUUCUGUUUGGAUAAAUAAGAGAGAGUAGAAGCCAUAAAAAGUGCUCGAAGCUACUUUAGAAAAGUCCUCAUUCAGACAUUCUUCAUCAGUCUCCUUUAAAGCAUCUCAAAAAGCCCAAACAACUUCUAGCCGACAUUGCUGCCAGCCCUUUGCUACUUGUUAACAAUUGGUAUUUAUAAGUAUUUACCAAAGAGCCGUCAAAGGUACACUGAAACAGAAUUUAGAGAGACAUUGCUUUAAAAAAAAAGUGUAUACACACACAAACACACAAAUGUAUACACUUACAUACUAGUAAAAUGCAUCACUUAAAUUCUAGGGUAUAAGUCAGACCAAAUUUUUACCUAAAAGUUGUAACAGAGUUCUCUUUUCCAUAUAAUCAAAUGGAUGGCUGAAAAUGAAAUUUGUAUAUUUCCAUUAUCUUUCUUUCCAAAACUAGAGUAAUCUCACGACGGAACCAGAAUUUGCCCCCAUUGCCACCCCUUCUGGACACACUUACCACACACCCCCUUGUCACUCUGCUCCCACACCUCUGCCUGCUUUUCUGGGGGAGGAGCUUCUUGCAGCCAGAAGCAGCAUAUUGUGUGGACCGACCCUCCUUCCCUUUCAAAAAAGCACGCUGGCCACAGAUGUCAGGAAGGCACAUGCCACCAAGUUCAGUGAGAAGUAAAUGAGAGCUAAAGGUGCACGAAGGUGUCCAAGGCCCCAUGGCCCUCCUCACUUCUCAAGCUGGUGAGCCGGGCAGCGCCCACCCCAGGGGGCGCUGAACUGGGAUCUGCCAUGUGUUCUCUCCCCAUCUGUGAUGCUGCUUUACGUUCUUAGAGGCUACGCCUCAGAUUAGCUGUGGAUUUUGUCUCCUGCACUGCCAGUAUGCAGCUGAUCCUGCUUUUGAUUAAUUUUAUGAAGAUGUUCAUAAUUUCUACAGAAUGUAGUAUUUUGAUAUCAUUGAGGAAUCCUAAUCAGAAAAUUCCUGGAGCAAUAGUUGUUUUGCUGUCAGUUUGAAACCACCUUUACCCAUUACAUUAGCAUUCCUUUUAUACAAACAGUUGUAAAUGUCACCUGAAUUCCGUUGUCCACAUUUAACCUUUAACAUGUGCAUUGGGGGAAUAUCAGAAAAUGGAGUUAACGGCUAAGAAUACAUAAGAUGUAGAAAAGCACAGCAAGCUGCGUCGCACUUAACCACAUAAAGCAAAUCUAUUAGGAAAAAGCACUUUUCUAAAUGCUCAAAUGUUAUCAGAAUACUAUAUUUAUAAAAGUAAUUCUCUCUCUAUUAACAGCCAGGACUUGCUGUUAGAAAUAACUCUCGUGAGUUUUAUAUUGUGCUUUUUGGGGGGUUCUAAUCAUUUCAGCAGUAGUAUAUUUUGAACAGCAGUAUUACUAUAAGCAGUGUGCUUCAAAAUGUGAAUUAACUUGUUGAAACUGUGGCUUUAACAUCUGUGUGAUUAGUGUAUACAGUAUUUGCUCUCCGUUAGGAAAAUAACUCAUUAUAAACUUUAGUGCGACUGCAGUUCUGUAAGCAAUGUUUCCCAUUGAAUAGAAACUACUGUCUAAAAUAUACAUAUCAAGCAGCAGCUCAGCCUUUAUCAGGAAAUUCUGUUGAUACUUGGCAAGUUGCUGAAAAAGUGCACAAAGUUAUGACAGACAGUUAAAGGUAUGCUGCAAAUAACUAGCCAUUAUUCUGCAUAUUAUUAAAAUAUUGACCAGUUCUGUUAAAAGCAGAGCAGAAACUAGACACUAAGGAUCUCUGUGAAUUCUUUGUUCUCUAUAGUAGAUUGCUGUUUAUAUGUAAGAAUUUUAUUGCUUAUGUGGCACACAGUAUUUAUAAUUAUAUACUUUAUAGGAGUACAGUAUUAAAGUCAGUGGCAUAUAAUCACUGAACAUAUCCUGUGAAAUGUGCUGUCAUAUGAAAUAAAUAUACCUGUCUUUACCAUCCUGA